AUGGAUAUAUAUCGGAUAAAUAAAAAUUAUGUUGAUUCGAAGUCGAUAGAACGAUUUACGGGUGCCAAGAAGACGGGCCUGCUUAAACGAAUCUUCAAAAUCGUAAUCAAAUACUUACAAUCAGUGGCACAACCAGUAAAGUGUUUAGUGUAUCUGAAAAUCCUUUCUCAUUCGUGUUUAAGUAAUAUAAAUGUAUUAAAAUACGUUAGAAACAUGUUUUUUUUUUAAAAUACAUAGAUAUGUGGCAACACUCGCUAUCAAAAAAUCCUGGUUGUGCCCAUAUUUAAAUGAAAACGCAUUUAGAUAACUGACUCCCAUUAUAAAAAUAUGCUAAUAUAGCUUUGCUUUAUAACAAUAAUAUGCUAAUGGUUUACACAAAAGAAGUAUUGUUAAAAUGGCUUAAUCCGGGAAUAUUGAUCUUCAGGCCUAACCUAACCUCUUAAAAUAAUAAUUAAGUGUUUUUAUGUUGUUAAGUUAAGGGUUUGGUUUAAUAUGAAUGCAAACUCCUGAAUCUUAUUCGCUUUCAGUUUCCUUAAUACCAUUUUAUAUUUAAGGCUAUACGCGAUGUAAACUGUCAACAAGGAUCAUUGAACUCAGUUGCCAUUACCAAGUCAAAUUUAAUUUUGUUCAUAGCAGCUCAAAAUGGUAUCGUAUUGGCCAUUGUGUUACCUAUACUGUAUGAUGAUAUAGUUGAAUACAAGAAGUACAAAAUGCAUAAUCACAGCGUCACAAAGGUAUCGAUAUUAAAUAUUAGUUUUAAUCACUUUGUUUUGAUAUUUAUUAGUAUGUAAAACAUGUAUUUAUGUUUAAGGUUAAUUUAGGUUACAUAUUUAUUAUGAAUGAAUUAAAGACAUUCCAUAAAUCAUAAUAAUAUACAAAUGUACUAGGUGGAAAUAUUAGUAAACAAACUGUAUUCCACACUCGCUCUGGCCGACAUUCGUCAUCCAUUCAUACACCGAAUCAAGUCCCUUUCUAACUGUUAAUUUAUCAUUUAUUUACCAUUUUUAUUGUCCUGAUGUUAAUCACCUGGAGUUAUCCUUUCUAAGUUUUGUUUUAGCUUUGCAGCUAUAACGUUCUUAAGAUUUUUUUUUCCGAAAUUAUCUAAAAAUACUAAGGCCGUGUCUUUGAGAUAUAUACAAGUACAAGUAGUUAAAAAUAUUGUUUUUUUUUUUUUGAUCAGGAGACCGAUUAUUUUUGACGCUGGCUUUAUUAUACUUACAAAGAAAAUAAUUUACACAUUCGUGGAUUAUGCCGCAAAACUUAAUAGAUAUAUAAAAGGAAAUUCUAUUAAUCAUUCUGUUGUACAUUUUUUUUUUAAUUUUGUAGUGACAUUUUGAUGAAAAAAUCUUAAAAUUCAGAAUGGAGCCUAAUAAAUUUGUGUAAUAGGAUUUCAGUUUAACUAUUUUUUUUUCUUCAGUUAAAAUUAACCUAACCUGACAUGACUCGGGAUAAGAUUUUCGAAGUAUUUUUUGCAAGAAAUCUCUCAACUGCAGAACUUGAAGUUUAAACUAUGGUAUAUUGGCGACUACUAAGCUCAAACAGAGAUCUUCAUUAAAAUGAUUGGUUUUAGAUUUGUAAACAUUUCUAAUAGUAUUUGUUUUUUAUUUUUUAAACUUCAUUUCAAAGAAUCAGUAUGAAAAGAUGUAUGAACGUGUUGUGUAAUUUUACAUUUUUUUUAUUACGCAGUACUUGUCGAUCGUAUACCUGGCAAUAGCCUACGCUUACAUCAGUUAUAAAUAUAAUAUCUCUAUUAUAUGUUUUAAUCCACUGGUUUAUCAAACACUUAAUAUUUUUACGAAUUUUAGACAUUUUGUUAAAUUGUUUUAAAUUUAUACAAAGAACUAAAAAUUAGAAUAAAAAUGUUACUAAACGAAACGUGAUGGUGUGAUACGUGAAACAUCACAAAUUUAUAUCACUAUAUCAAUAUAUCACGAUUAAUACUUUUAAAUUUUCAGUGUAGCCAAUAAAUUAAUACUAAAUUUGUGCAUAAUUUUAAGAAAUGUAUUUUUAAUAAUUGAAUUCGUAAAUAUAGUUUAUCAAUAUUUACAACAUGGUAUCGAAUUAAUAUAAAAUAAAAUUAUUUACCGUGUUGACACUUGACAGUAAUUUGUUUUUCGCCAGUAUUUAAAAGUUUAAAUUUCCAAAGUGAAAACGUGCAAUAUUUUGAUUAUUUUCCAAGACUGUAAAAAAUAUGUAUAUUAUAUUUACUUACAAAAAAAAAUAUGCCCCAACCCUCCAAAUAUGCAAUUAUUUGCAAAAUUACAUUUGGUCUAUAAAAUCAAUAAGGUUUGAAAUACCGACAUUCCAAACCUUCAUAUAAGUGCAUAAACUCAGUAUGAACGUGCAAAUCCAUGAAAUUCAGGUCCCUAGUUAUAAUUAGUUAUAAGUUAGUUUUUAAUAUAAAUAAUAAUAAUAAAACUAGUUUUUGUUUAUCAUUUUUGGUAAGUGACUAGUUAUUUAUGUAUGAAUUAGAUAUCUAAUUACCAUAAUACCAUAUAUUAAAUUUCUAUGUUAAAGUUAUGUUUAGCAAUGGAUGGCUCAACUUUAAUUUCUUGUUCCGAGGAUGGUAGUUUAUGUAUAUGGGAAGUUAAAGAUGCUAACACAAUAAAUAAGAUUAACUUUGAUUACUUCGAUGACAUACUAGCCAACGGGAAGAAAUUGGAUGAAAUAAACGAAAAUAUCGAGCAAAUUAAAGUGACGGUCAAAAAAUUAGAAACAAAAAGUACGCUCACUGUAAAUGCAAUUAAAAAAAUGAAGGAACAGGAAAUACAAAAUACAAAACACACGCAUUUGGAUCAUUUCAAUGAUAUCGUUGAAUUAAAUAAAGUAGGAUACGUUAUAUAUACUACAAAUUAGAAAAAAUAGUAAAUAUGUUACAAUAGAUUUAUUUUUAUAAAGAAUAUUAAUCAUUAAAUGUAUAAAUUAAAUUAUGUUUGUAGGGAAUAGUUAAAAUACAAAAAAAUGUUAUAAAUAAUCUUAAACAAAAAUUACACGUUGUAAAAGAUCAAAAUGAAAAUAGUAUUGUUAAUUUAGAAUCUAAGUAUUGCAAUGAACUUACAUAUAAAUUCGAAAAACAUUUAAAUCUUGAGAAUGAAUUGUAUUCAAUAACAUCAACGUUAAAAAAGUAAUUAAAAUAAAUAUAUAUGUUUAUAUAUAUAUAUAUACUGUACAAUUGGUUAUAAUAGAAAAUUAUGAGUUAAAUUUUACUAUAUGCUUAUGGGUUAUGACUGAUCCAGAUUUUCAGAAACCUUAUUAAAGAAACUCAACGAAGAGUUACAGGAGGUUUUAAACAAACAAAAGAAAAAAAUUAAAGAAAAAGACGAAGGCAAUUUAAAAGUAAGUGCAUAAUAUAAUUAUUGAAGUUGAUUGCAUUAAAAUUGUUAAAGUCUAUGAUAAAGUGUUUUUAAUAAGCACUGGGUAAAUUAUUUGUAUUCAAAAUCAUAGAGGUUUAGUUCCUUGGUCCAAAGAUAAAUUUUUUUUUAACUAUUUAGGAGUUUAUAACAAAGACUACAAAAUUAAAAACUUUGAUGGUAUUUUUUGUAGUGCCAAGAAAUUCUAAUAAAUGAAAAAACCGGUUUUAAAACGUUAUUGAAGGAUACUGAAAAUGAUGUAGAUGAAAAUGUUUUUGAGACAAAAAAUAAAUUCAUUAAUGAACUAAAAAAUAAAAAAGAAAUAUAUUUAAACACAAUGAGUAAACUCGAAAAAUACAAGAUGAAAUAUAAUGGGUAUGCAAUUAUAAUUUCUGUUUAUCUAUCUAUAUUGUAUUACUGUAUAUAUAUAGGCCGUGUUAAGGCUGAUGAUGCCUCUUCUGUUCUUGACAGUGCCAUAGACGCUCUAUAUCUAUUGUCAGUAUUCUCUUUCUGAAUCCACUUCAUAAGGACACACUCUCCGUUCCACUUGCCUCAACAUCACACCUUUUAUGAGUUUAAUUAUUCAUCUCACAGUGUAUUGCGUUUACCUAAUACUGCCUAGUUCGGGCCUUUUUAAUCAUUUUCCUUGAAUUUAUGUUACCUUGAUGCUGUCACCUCUCUCACCUAGUUCUAUUGAACCUUAACAUCGCCUUGUACGAAAUAAAGUAUGUUAUGAUCAAAGAUAUAUAACUGGAAAAUGAUAUCAUAAACCGGAAAAUGCAAGAAAUAAAAUGUCCUGAUUAGUAACAAAAAAAAAAAAGAAAUGAUAUUUUGAACUUAAAAAUUUUAUAUUUUCAUUCAAUACCAUUAUUUUAUACCAAUUGGUAUAAAUUGACCCUUUCUAACUAUAAACAGCUAAUAAAACCUUGAAGUUUAACUAUUCUCUAACGAGAUUAUAAUAAAAUAUUAUAAUGAUCAGCCUUGUUCGUUUACAACAAAUUUUUUGCUCAAAUAUAAAAAAAGCAGUCCUAAGAUAAUGAGGACGGGCGCAGCCACUAUUGUAAGUGAGAAAUUGGAAGGUCGAAUAUAGACGAGAAUUUAGUGUAUAUCUGUACGCAACGAUUACCCAUUGAUAAUUGUAGUAAUACAAAAAAUAGGAAAAAUAAAAGGGAGGACAAAUAGGAGGAGUUAAAAGAGGUUUAAAUGGGGGGAGAAUAUAAAUAGAGUGGUUGUUAGGGGGAUAGUAGUAGACUUAGGACACUAAGUAUAGUAAUAGAAGACAAAUAUAUUUGAAAUUAUAGGAUAAUUACGUAGAAAUACCUACAAAGAAUAAAAUAUAGAGAAGUACGUAUACAAAUGUGCCUAUAUAGUGUGAAAUAAUCGAUUUAUGUUUUGGUACUACAAAGAAUGAUUUAUUUUUAAUCAUAAUAAAAGUUCAGCCUACUAGUUACCUUCCUUCCUGUGUUUGAAAAAGGAGUUCGGAGUCGUGAAUCCGAGAAUGGUGACGAAAUCAAUAACUAAAGAAAAAUUGAAUUAUAUUACCUGCCCACGGUGUUGGAACGCUAGGGUGUAUACUUAUGGAUAACCUCACGUGAACCUGGAGUCGUUGGACGGCAAUCACAAUUUAAUUAAGAUAAACUAAUUUAAUUAAUUAACACAUAACACCUGUGUGCACUCAGAUGAAAAAUGCUAAUUUUUAAAUCAGGAAAAUAUAAGGUUGAAUUAUAAAGUGAAUUAAUAAAUAAAUCGAACACGAGUGAUUAUAGCUGCUAAAAGUCGGAGUUAGCUAUUCGAGAGAGAUCCUCGAAAGAAGUUGGUGGAGCGUAGUUGUUGCUGUGUGCAGGAUUCUAGACAGUUUUUUUUUCCAUACUUCUAAUAUAUAAAUUUAUUUUUAAUAUUUAAUUCUUAAGUUUACGUUAAUUCUACUCGUCUACUCACUCUGUGUCUGUGUUCCUGUUUAUGUGCUAUUUAACUUUCCACUUCUAGGUCCUUUAAGUAAAUUCUUUUUAAUAUCGCAUGAGUUCACGUUAUUAAUUUCUAUUAAGCUCCACGAUUAUCCACUGAUUAGCCAAUUUUCGCUGUUUUUUCGCCUGCUGUACGAAUCUACGUCAUUUUGACGCGGUAAUUUCGACGCGCGUUAAAUGGACGCGUUCAUUGUGAAUGCGAGACAUUUGGACGCAUAGCACAUUUCGACACAUUCUUUUUUUUUUGUUUAAUUAUUAUUAUUGAUUUAUUUUUCAAAAUAAAAGUAUAAAUUAAUAAUAUUUUAGAUAUUUCUAAAGAUUGCAUAUUAAAAUACAUUUAUUUUGAAAAAUAAUAGGGAUUAAUAAUAUUUACAAGGAUUGCGAACAAUUUAAAAUUUUAUAUAUAGGAAAUACAUUUAUUUUUUAUUUUAUUUGUUUCAUUUAUUAAGUGUUAUAUUAAUUUUAUACUAAUAUUUAUUUUGAAAAAUAAAUCAAUAAUAAUAAUUAAAAAAAAAGGUGUGUUGAAAUAUUGUUGCAUCAAAAUGACGUGCAUUGUAAAUGUGUCAGGCGCUCAAUCGUCUCUCGUCAAAAUGACGCUACACCCUGCUAUACUGUUCACCCGGUUACUUGCCGCGCUUAUUUAUUUCUGUAUAGUGUGUUUUGAUUGCUUUUGAGAUUUCUAAGGAAUAUUUCAUUAUUGUUUUUGCUUGGUUUAUUAUAUUUCUAAAUUUAUAAGGCAUAAUCAACUGAAAUUAUUCACCAUUCUGCAAAUCCUGCCAUUCUUAUUUUGCCUGUAGUAGAUGUCUGUAUGAGGAAGAAGGUCAUAACAAUUGCGACAGUCAAGUGGAAAGAUUGGUUUGAUAUCUUGUAAAUCUUUCCACUUGUUUUUUGGUUUUUUUACUGGGCCACUGUUGAGAGAUGGGAACAUAAUUUUCCUGUUAUAAUAAGUUUUUGAGCUUGAUAGGAAGAGGUUGAAGCUUUGUAAAAAAAACUAGAGUAUACUUUAUUUGGUCAGAGGAGUCAUACUGCAAUCAUCUUAAGUCAGUAACUAUUGGGCCACCACUUUUCUUCCGGAUGCUGUCAUAAACCAUGCGGUUGGGAUUUGGAAAAUUUAUGAAUAAUAUUUCCAAUCAACGAAUUUUAUUCUGCAGGAAACGGAUUCUUUAAAGGAUUCAUUAGUAUGUCAAUAAAUUAGGAUGGUAAAUAAAUACCUUUGUUUCUCAUUAAACCUUCUAGGAUCGUUCUAGGUCCUUGACCUUCCGGUAUUGACCUUCCAGGUCAGGUCGUUUCUUUUCAAAAAAGAUCAAAGAGAGCUCUCUGUUGUUAACUUAUUUGGUCACUCACAGUCUUUGAUUUUCUAUUUAGAACAAAUUUUUUUUUGACUUGUGAAGUCCAACUUCCUCUCUUAUUUUGUACCAUUCCGGUUUUUUCCUUAUUUACUCUUCGAUACCCUGUAUACGUUUCAUUCGUCAGUCUUCUACGAUUACUUUCAUUUUUUGGAUCAAUAUUUAUGAUAAAAACAUUAGCCGUACAAAUUUAAUUUAAUGAAGUCGUUGUACCGUAAUUUGGAAAAAAUCGUUUAUUUCGUCUUUAUUGGUUUGUUCCAAUUAUUAGGAAAACUGCUAUAGAUAUUGAAAAAAUGACUUAUUUUGUCAAAAUCGGAAUAUUAUAAUGAACAAAAUCAAUCUCUGUUCAUGUUUUGAUUGGAGCAAUAUUUCUGAUAGAAAACAUCGUGUUUACAUAAAAAAAAAAACAAUUAAAACGGUAACGCCGCUGGACACCGUAAAUAUUUGCCGUUUGCGGUACCUAUAAUUUUUCGGGUCUUUCCCAAUUAUUUCGAAAACCCCUUAGAAAAUAAAAAAAUGACUACCACAAUGCACUAAAGACAGACAAUAUCCUAUCAGAAAAGUUGCCAUAGUCUAAACUUCGGUGCAAGUUUUCUGGUAGAAAAAUUAUUUACAGAUAAAAUACACAUAGGAAACCAAUAGACUCGCUACGCUCCGAAUCUAAAAUUAUUGGUAUGUUAAAAUAUUUAAAGAAAAUAAGCGGUAUUCAAUCUCUCCGUGAUCCCCCCCCCCCUAAUUCAAGCACUGAUUAUAAGUUCUUUGAUCGUGCAUCACUACUAUUUUUGUAAAACAGUCCUGCAUUAGUAUUUAUAGUAUUUGGUAGCAUCCUUCAGUAUUGAACUGUUACUGGUUAGGCUGUGUGAAUAUAAUUAGUAUAGAUAUAGCUGCAUAUAGUGCAUAUAUUUUUGUUUAGAUGUUUAGCAACAACUGCAGAUUUCAGACAUACAGCUGAAGUUUUCAGCAAUGACUUGGAAGAAUUAAACCAGUUAACCAGGAACAAAAAUAAUAGAAUUUUUGAUUUGACAGUAACAUUGAAAUGUUGUAAUGAGCUUAUACCGCAGAAGGAAGAAAAAAUACAAGUAGUGAGGCAAAAUGUAAAUGAAUUAGAGAAAAAAUUAAUCGUACUGAAGGCUUCAAUUACUGAAUUACAACACAUAUAUAAUCCAUUGGUAUUAAGAAUACAAGAAAAACAAAAUUUGAUUGAACAAGUAAUAAAAUUGUAUUAUAUAAUAUACAUAUAUUAUGUACUAUUUAAUAUCAGAUCGAUAUAGUGUAAUUUUCACGAAAUUAAUAUCUGUUUCAUGAACUUUCAACGAAACGUAAGGUUAGCCGGAAUAAUCAAAGUAAUAAAACCAACUGGUUCUUAUAAUGUUUGAUUUUAAAUCAGUUUUCUAUAUUCGUAUUUAUAUUGUAAAUAUAUUAGGUGAGUAUAUUCUAUACACGUAUAAUAAAAAAUUAAAGGAAAAUAAACGAUAAUAUAGUUUAUUAUUGUCACAUCACAAAACAGUUCUAGCUGGUCAAAAAUAGAACAAUUUACCACCUCGUAAUUAUUGAUUAUAAUCAUCAUGACUAUUAUAUUACCUGAUAAUGAUAAAUAUAUCAUAAUAUUAAAUAACCAAAAAGUGCUAACCAGAUAAGAACGGUUAAGGCUCACUCAGAUUAUUUAAUUUUAAAGCUAGAACGUGCAGUGUACCUCUGUAAUAAAUAUUAGUUAUUUUCGCUAUUUUUGUGUUUUAACAAAACUGGAUCAACAUAUUUGUACCGAGUAAGUGUUUUGGUUUUUAUUAAUAUCAUUUAUUUAAAUAUAUAAAAAAAGCAUUUAUAUCAUGUUAUUACAGAAAAUCUACUUAUUUCACAUAUAAUGGAGUGGGCUAAUUUUUGAGGGCUCAGAGAGAUAACGUUUUUUUUUUUUUACAUAAUUGUGUGUAUUUAAUAAUACUGUACCGAAAGCUUGCUUGAAUUUACCACUUUUUUAAAUAUGAAUUAAAUUGUAGCCAUUUUUAAAUUAUUUUUUGAUAAAUAAAACUGACUUUGAAAGAAAAAUAUAAAAUCGUUGUUUAGAUAUUUGAAGUUCUUGAAAAUAAUAAUGGUAGUUUUUAUAAUAAUUGUGAAGCUCAAUUUGUCUUGAUCCUUGAUUUUGCAUUUACGAAAUACAUUUGUCAAUCAAUGAGAUCUGAAGAGAAUUUAAAUAAAAAAAUUUCAUUGUUUUGAUGUGACCGAUGUUUUCUUAAAAUAUUUUUUUCGAAUUUAGCGAUUUUGUAAUAAAUCCAAAAGAAAAGAUUUUGAGGAGGGAGAGAGGAAGGUAUUGGUUAGAGAAGAUUAUUAUUUCAUGUUUAUGAUAACAUAAUAUUAUACACGUAGUGAUUAUUAUUAUAAUAAAUUGUCAAAAUGUUUUUAGUGAUUAACUAUACCAAAAAGUUCCUGAUUAACCUGAACUUGGACGUUCGUCUACAUUCUCAAGAAAAACUUUCACUCAGCACAUCUGCAGUUUUUCAGUUGCAAUUUGUUGGCAAAAGUCAUAUAAAACGUUUGCAUUCCUCUACCAAACAAUAUUCUGUCAACAUAAUAGAAGGAAAAUUCCUUCCACCCCCUCCCCCCUCAAAAAAGCUUUUCUUUUAGAUUUAUUACAAAAUCGCCAAAUUCGAAAAAAAUAUUUUAAGAAAUAUCGGUCAAAUCGAAACAAUGAAAGUUAUAGAGAAUCUAAAAAUACAGAUGUACUCCGAAGAAGUCACAGAAUCCAGUGAUAUCAAUCCUACUGCUCUUGGAUAAUGCGUUGGCGCACUAUUCAAGUAUUCCGAGAACUUUUUGAUCUACGUAUAAGUUUUGUUGUUAUAAUAAAAUAUGGUAUUCAAUUAUACAAUGCUUCAAUCGAUGACCAAUUCACAAAAGCUAUAAUACAUUUUUAAAAAGAACACACAUAUUGUAUACAAUUUAAUUUCCCGAAAUUUAUCAAAUUUACUAUCCAUUAGAAUCAUUAGAUGAACCUAAAACCAGUAUUCACGUUUGGAUUGAAGUUCAUAAAAUAGGUCUAUAGAUUAAUUUCAUGAAAAAUUUGAUUACACUAUCAAAAAGCAACAAAAUAUUUUAUAAUAUUUUCAUUAGAAUUACAGUUACGACCUAUUUAAUUUAUCCAUACAUGAAUUUAGCUAGGAAUAGAAUAUAACGACAAAAUUAAAAUUAAAAACAAACUGGAAAUACUUUUGAAUGGAUUAUCAGUAAAAAAUAUUGAAUGUGAACGAGAACUUGAUGAACAAAAAAGAAUUGUCCAAAAUGGGUCUAUUUCUAUCAAACAAUUGAAAAUUGAUAUGAGUUUGGCAAGUCAACAUUAUACAAAUAACAAUGAGAACACGAAAGCUAUCUUGGUAAGUUAUUACAUUUUAAUAAAGUGUUCACACAGCAAUAUAUUCAUUAACAGCCUAUUAAACAUUAAAUAAUGGAAUUAAGAAAUAUUUAAUCUACAUUUAAAAUUCUUUGAAUAAAUAUUUAUUAAAUUUUAAAUUUCAUUUUUUGGACCCUUUUGUAAUGGUGAACCAAUUUUAAAAAUUAAACUUUAUUUUGAAUUGCUUUGCAAUACUUAAACAACACUAUAUUUUAAUAUUACAUUAAACUUAGAUCUUAUAGAUAUGUAUUCAUUUAUUAUACAGAAAAUUUAAUAUUAUAUUAUAAAUAUUUAACACUAUAAAAAUUAAACAACAAGAUUAAUAAUUAAUAACAAAUAAAUAAAUAUUAUAUUUGAAAAUUAAAAAAUAUAGAAAUACACCAUUAAAUUAUUUUAAUGUAUAAAUAAUUUGUUAUCUUAAUUAUUAUAAUGAAAUAAUAAUAGAAUAUACAUAAAUUAAUUUUAUUCUAGCCUUGCAGUUGAUUAAUAUAACAAAAUUAUUACAAAAAAUACUAAUAAACAAUUUAAAUAUGUUCACUAAUUUUAUCAUUAAAUCUUAUAAUACUAAAUGGGGCUUGGGCUAAAUGGUAUUUCUGUCUGUCAUUCUUUCAUUUUGGUAGUCAACGUUCUUCACUUUGGUUUAUUUUUAACAGCAUCUAUAGACAAAUAUAAACAUUUGUAAUUUAUAAGUUAUAAAGAAAGAAUAUGAACUAUAGUCUGUCCCAGGAGAGAAAGGUCCGCUUCUGCGCAUGUUUUCCCCCUCCACAUAGUCGAUUGUCCUUUCUUCCGUCGUCGGUUUAUGACUAUACACCUCUAGGAUAUUUUGUAGAAAUCAAUUGUUAUUAUUAUCAGACAUCGCGCAUCGCACGUUUAUUUACCUUUGCUGUUUUAUAACCUCUUGAUAAUUUUUCAAAUCGUAAACUAUCGUAUAUACAAGCACCUUCUAUAAUAAUCCAGACUUUGUUUUUUUUGUAUACAUAUUUAUUUAUUUAAUAUCUUAUUGAACACUGUAGGUAUAAUUCAGUAGGUAUGAUACAGUAGGUAUAAUAAAGUAGGUAUAAUACAGUAGGUAUAAUACAGAGAUAUAUAUUUAAUAAAUAAUAAAUAAUUAUAUUAAAACAUUUCAUUUUUUAUUCGUUAAAAUUACAAUUUAUCAUUUUUGUCAUAUUGGCGAUAAACAGUGGACUAUCGACAGACAACAGUGCAUUAUUUGAAACGCAGUGUACAAAACCUGUCGAUAGAUCCGGGAGGGAAUAAAUGGAUAGUGUUGCGGCGUGGGGAUGCGCAGUAGCGCUUCGAUUUGGUCGGAGAGCGGACCGUUCUCUCCUGGGACAGACUAUAGAAUUACUACCUUAUUAGUUGGUAUUUUUGAGAGGUACUUUUUCGAUUUUCUUCGGAGUUUUCUCAACAAAUGUAAAAAACCAAAAAAAAAAACAUAGGAAAACAGAGAAAUUGAUAUAACGUUAAACAGAUAUUAUUAAAGAAAAUAUAUAGAACCUAUUUAAUUAUUUUACUAUAAUAUGGCAUAUAUAUUGUUGAUAAAAUAUCACCGUUAUUAUUAUACUAUUAUUAUAUAACAGACUUGUUUUAUUUUUACAACCAGUCUCAAAAUAAUUAUAUUUAUUAAAGUUCUUACAUACUUUACCGUCAGCAGGACAAAUUUUACGAGUAUAUUACUUAUUACAUUUUACACGAAUAUUCCUGAUCAUUUUUAAAUCUACCAUCAUCAUCAUCAUUAUUAUACUUAUAAUUCUUACUAUAUUAUUUUUUAGAACUGUUACCUUUGUAACCAUUUGUUCCAUGAUUUAUCUGUCACCUUGGUUUUUGUACAUGCUUCCCAUAUUUUUUCUUUUGAACCAUUUGUAUGUCCACAGCAUUUCUUAACAUGGUGCAUAUCGUUUUUAAUUAAAGUACAAUCGUUAUGGGUUAGUUUCUAUAUCAUUUUUAAAUUCAUUAUGCAAUAGAUUAGAUAGCCUUUCACAAGGAUUUUCUUGUACUCAUUGUCUGCCUGAUUAAAAUAUUUGCUUCGUCAGGUUAAUGGCUGUAUGAGAUGUUUUUUCAAUAAUUAUUUCAUUUUCACUUUUAUAAAAAGAUUUACAUGUUCCUUUUGCACAUUGCCAUCGUUCGAUAUCAUUUUUUAGACAUUUAUGAAAUGAAAAUUUAAAACCAUCAAUAAAAUUAAUACGCUUGCCUUUUUCACUGAACAUAAUAUUACAAGACUUGACCAUUAUGUAUGGAAUGUGAACAUAUACUAGUGUGAUAUUUUAGUGUAGUUCAACGUAUUUUAUAACUAUGAUAAGAUAUUACUAUUAUUAUACAUAAUCAGUGCAUUUCAAUUUUCAACGGAAAGUACGUGAUCCAUAUCAUAUUUAUUCAUUAUAUUAUUCUCCGUUCCCGUGCGGACAGUCCGAUAGUGCACACGCAUUCUACUUUGCUCUCGGGUUAUGUUCAAUUAUAUCAAACGGAAAAAUCCGUCAUAAAUAUAAAGAAAGCAAAACUAUUUAUCACACCUAAUCGCUAUUUUCCCUUGCCUAUCGAAGAUUCUAACACAGACGAUAUCGUAUUCGGCGAUCCAAUUGAGGAGCAAUGGAAUACUACCAAUAAUACAUUGAAGAGUAUUCUUCCUUCACCUAUAUUUGUUAAGGGAGUUCUUGACUUCAUUGGUCUACGAAGCAUCAUUGAAAUCAAAGAACUGGACUCUUUCUCCUGCAAAUCCAUCUCGACUCAUCUUAUAAUUCAAACCGACACCCUGGACAACAACAGGAACCUAAUCAAUUUUCUAAAAAGCAUCGAAGCCCAGUUACAUAUUUAUCAGCCACAAUCUUAUAAACCUUUAAAAGUUGUUAACAGGAAUCUACACCCAUCUACCCCAACAAAUGAUAUCGCCUCAGCACUAGAAGAAAUAGGCUUCUCUGUGAAAAACGUCACUAACGUUAAACACCAACAAAUAAAAAUGUCUCUAUUCCUUUUCUUCGUCGACAUUGUAGAUCAAUGGAAUUAACAGUAAUAUCUUUGAUAUCUCUUUCCUUCUACACACGAAAGUUAAAAUCGAAGAACCUCAUAAAAAACGACAAAUCUCACAGUAUCAAAACUGCCAAACCUAUGACUAUACCCGUAUCUACUGCGCACAUCGAUCCAUAUGUGUCAAAUGUGGAGGUAGCCACCCCUCUUCCACCUGUACAAAAUCGCCAGACCUCCCAGCUAAAUGUGUCCUCUGCAAUGGUCCUCACCCAGUCAACUACAAAGAAUGUACAAGCAAUCUAUAAGCAACUGGACUGUAAACACAACAUCUCAAGCAAAAAACAUCAACAACCUCAGGCAUCAAACCCAAACUUCAAUCCUGAACAUUACCACCAACACCAUAACAUGGAAAAUUCCAAAAACCCACGAUCGUUUGCUGAUGUAACUGUGGGUCACCCACCUCCGAACACAAAUCAUUCCUCUAUAGGCAAUAACGAUACAUAAUUUAUUAAAUUUCUAGAUGAAUUUAAAUCAAUCGUAAAUCCUCUCAUUUCCUUGCUCACAAAAUUCUCCGAUCCCAGUCACCUAUACCUCCUUUAAAAAAAACGAACGGAACUUGGGUCAUCAAUGAUUUAAAAAAAGCCAACCUAUAUUCCCAAUAUCUAACUGCUACCUUCCAACCACACAACAAUAUCUUAUGCCCAAAUCAAACUGAAAAAGUAGAUCAUUUCCUAUCAUCCUCACUACCCAUGACACUACCACCAAAACACAUACGUCUAAGCGAAGUCGAACAUGUGAUAAGAUACUCUACUCACCGAAAAACCCCAUGUUAUGACUUAAUAACAGCAGAAGUUGCACUACAACAGCCCAAAAAAUCGCUACUCCUCUUGAUACAUAUAUAACUCUGUGCUUAGGCUAUCACACUUUCCAGUUCUCUGGAAAUUCUCUGUGAUUAUCAUGAUUCCCAAACCAGGAAACCUCCUAAUUCUCCAGACUUGUAUAGGCCCAUUAGUCUUCUCUUCUUCUUUUCAAAGAUAUUUGAAAAACUUAUAUUAAAACGUAUCUUACCUACCAUUGAAGUUAACCUCCCUAACACUCAAUUUGGUUUUCGUCACAACCACUCAACCAUAUAUCAAGUACAUCGUCUAGUUAACAAAAUCGUUUACACACAAGAAAAAAGCUAAUAUGCCUUUUUAGACAUAGCUCAGGCCUUUGAUAGAGUCUGGCUUAAAGGCCUCUUCUUCAAACUGAAAUCUAUCCUUUCCCCAUACUGUUACAUAUUAUUCAAAUCCUAUAUAGAGAACAGACAUUUCUUUGUAAGAUCAGGAUCGUCUAUGUCUAAAAUAUCGUCAAUUUUGCUGGAGUCCCCCAAAGAGCUGUUGCAGCACCCUUACUAUUCAAUCUUUUCACCUCUGACCAACCAACUACGCCCUACACCACCACUGGUGACUUGGUCGAUGAUAAAGCUCUUCUAGCCGUCCACUCUGACCCUGAGACGACCUCAAACUUCAUCCAAAAUCACCUCAAUUUGCUAUCCACCUGGUACAAAGAAUGGGGUAUCAAAAUUAACGAAACAAAAUCCAUCCAGUGCAUAUUUAGACUAAAACGUACUGACUGCCCACACAUAUACCUCAACGACGUCCCACUACCAACUGAUCUAAAUGUCCGAUAUCUAGGUCUCCACCUAGAUCGUCGGCUAACCUGGGCAGCCCACAUCCACCUUAAGCGCCUCACCUUAAACAAUCGCUCCCGCCAAUUACGUUACAUUCUUACAUCAAAACAUCUCAAUCUCAGAAAUAAACUUCUUAUUUACAAAAUGCUCCACAAACCUAUAUGGACCUAUGACCUACAACUUUGGGGAGCUGCCAAGCCCUCUAAUAUUAAGAAAAUACAAAUUUUUCAAUCCAAAUGCCUCCGACAAAUAACAAAAGCUCCAUACUAUGUUUCAAACGACACUCUUCACAAAGACCUCUCCUUACAAACAGUUAAAAACACAGCCAAUACCCUUUACAAACCUCUCUAUUCCAGCACUUUCAAUCACAGGAAUCUACUAAUAGCUGAACUCUCCACCCACACUAUCCCUAAGGACCCCAGAAGGCGUCUCAAACAAACGUGGUGCCAGGAUUUAUUGGCUGACUAAUUAUCACUAAAACACACCCUGAAGUACCAAGAAUGCCCAACCAUUCUUCGCUCACAUUUGCUGUCUCGAUACUCGUAACUUUUAAUUCUUUCACUUAUGCUUAUUAUAAAUGUUAUUCACAGAUUUUACAAUACUUUAUUAAGAAUAAAAAAAAAUUAUAUUAUUCGAACACAUCAUUUUACAUACCCGGACCUAAUUCAGAUGAAAUAUUUUAUUCACAGGGAAUUUAAAACUAAUAUUAUUUUCGGAACCAACUCGGAUGCAGCUCUUUUUUCACCAUACACCUCCUAUAAAUUCUUUGCAUUUAAAAUUUUUUUAAAUAAUUACCACCUACUCGUAUAAUUAAUAUAUUUAAUAUACAUUUUUUUUAUUAUUUGUUAAAUGAUAUAUUUUAAAAAUAUAAUCAAGAUAAUUUUUCACGUUGAAUAAUAAUUAUGUUCGUUUAAUAUUUACCUAGUUUAAUAAAUUGAUAAAAUAUUAAUAUGAAAUGUUAAUUCAAUAUUAAUUAUAUUAUAUUUAUUAAAAUGCUUUUAAAUAUUUAUAAUUUAAUUUAAAAUGUAUUUAUUCAAUCAGUUUCAUUGUAAAAUGCUGUGUGGAUGGAUAUCCGGGAUUAUUUACUAUAAUAAAGACUGAAAAAUGAUAACUAAUAACUAAACUAUAUUUUAUUAGGAUUUUUUUAUUAAAUAUGCGUUUUCCGAAAGUGAAGAAGUAAGGUUAAAAGAAGAACUAGAAUGUAAAAUCGAAUUUUCUAGACAGAUGAAGUUUUUAGAACGGUCUAUUGAUGGUUUUAAGAAAUCCCUAAAGUCGUUCGAAAAUAAAUAUGAAUCAUAUUAUUUAGUAAUGGAAGAAAAUAUGAGACUCAUCGAAGAAAUUAAUGUUUAUCGAAAUAUUGCAAAAUCGUACUUCACUAAGUAUAACAAUUUAAAAAUAUUGAGUUCUCCAAUAAUUGUCAAUGAAAUACCAACUCAAAAUGUAGGAUAAUAAAAAAUGUAUUAAUACACAUUAUACAUUAAAUAAACUAUUUCCUUAUCAAUACUUUUAUUUUUGGUCCAUUUAAAAGAAAUUGUACAUGUAAUUAGACAAACAUUAAUUUAACCUUUAGGUUUUCGAGCGUCGUGAUAUGCUCUUACUACUAUUACGAUUUACAGCAUUGACUGAAAACGAAAACAACAGUCUCUGAGUCUAUGACCACCAGCGCGACGUGAACAAAAUUAUUGUACUUAAUAAAUUAUCAAAUUUUUGACAAAAACAAUAUUUAUAUAAUAGAAAUUAUAUUAUGUUAACCAUCGGUAUUAAUAACAGCGACGAGCACUGCCGUCGCAGCCUCAAUAUCGUAAUCUUUCGGGGAACUACACUGCCUGCUACAGCCACUAAAAAUAGAAUGCAAAUUAAUAACAUAAUAUGUUUACCAUAUACCUGACUAUUAUUAUUAAACAAAUAAUUGUAUAAUAUUAUAAGAUUAUUGUUUCUAAUAGGGAUUCCCCGUCACCAGGAUCGACAAUAAUAAUAAAUUUGUGUUAUCGGAGGGCGCGUUUACAACGUGUAAAUAUGUAAUGCAGUGUUUCUAAACCAGUGUGUCGCCGGUAAGUCCAAAUGUGUCGCGUGAAAUACAAAUAUAAAAUAACACAAAAUGUACAAACAUUGUUGACAUUAUUUACAAAAAUUAUAAGUAUUUGAUAAAAUUUAUAUGAUGAAUAAAAAUAGAUUAUCGACAUUAAAUAAAUUUAUCAUUAUUGUAAUUCUAAUUGAUACAUGUUGGUUUAUCGAUAAAAUUGUCGAACGAAUUGUUGCCAAUAAGUUAGAGCGCCAUUUUAUCACAAAACAUCAAUCAUUACAAAAUAAACAAAUUGAUUAUUUUCGAAGGCCUUUAGAUUCAAAAAAACUACAAACAAAAAAAUUUGUAAAAUCAAUGAAAAUUUCGGAUAAGGCACGGGAAGCUAGUUUUCGUAUUGCCUAAUUGACAGCUUAAAAAAAAAUCUCAUUUAAUUGCCGAGAGUUUUUUAUGUCAGCUUGUCGUAUUAUGGUAAAGACUAUGUUAGGAGUCAAAGCAGAAAAAGAAAUAAUUAAAAUACCAUUAUCUGAUAGUACAAUUAGUCGAAGGAUUAUAAAUAUAUCCGAGGAUAUUGAGGAGCAGGUUAUUGAACUUGUAAAAAUAGAUAAAUCAACAGAUAUUAGUGAGAAAGCUCAAUUAAUGGAAUUUAUUGCAAAUUCAAAAAUAGGUAGUUAA